AUGGCCCCAAAACGCCGCACUACCACUCCACGGAAUGCGACCCGACAGCAAUCCACAAUCUCCUUCGCUGGCAAGAGCAAAAUCACCAAACCAUCAACACCAAAGAGCAACAAGGCAGCGCAAAAAGAUGCGGCGCUCCUAGACGAAAUUGUAAACACGGAGCUAGAGCCAACGACCGACGAGAAAGCAAUCGCUGAGCAGGUCAAGGAAGAGGUGCAGACGCUCGAAGACCCUCUCCAUGCGAAGUCAACUACCGCAGAGGACGUACUUGGCGGACGAGCAGAGCAGAGCGAAGUGGGAGCCGUCGGCGGCACAGGAUCGGGCUGGAUCGGUGAUGAGGAGUCCACAGCGAGGAAAACGUCAGCAGCUCAAAUUAACAAGUACUGGCGGCAGAAGGAGGCAGAGCGGAAGGCUCCAAGGAUCCACCAGGAGGAUCUCAGCAUGCACGAGAAGAUACUGCGAGAGUGGGACAUGAGUGGGCAAUACGGACCCUGUAUUGGCAUCGCUCGCCUGAAGCGCUGGAAGCGCGCCAACAUGCUUGGCCUCAAUCCUCCGAUUGAGGUUCUAGCUGUGCUUCUCAAGGRGAUGGAUGGGGGCGAAAUCAAGUCACAGCGAGCUUAUGUCGACGAAUUGAUGAGCUCGCGGUUUAUCGAGACCUGA